AUGCAGGAUUAUAGAGCUAAACAGCGGCCACAGAAAGGAUUGCAAUCGCGUUCGGGGUUUUUAUUUCAUUCACUGCACCUAAGAAGAAACCCGGAUUGCAUUUCCCUUUGGAAUUGGCAUUUAGAACUGUGCCAGAGGCCCCUUUGAAAUAAAUGUAAUGUGAGCAUCUACAGCAAUGUGGUCAUUUUCAUGCGGAUGAGCUACCGUUGUUGUGCCUUUCUCCCCCUUCCUAUUCUUCUUUCAUCAUAAUUCAAGAUCACCUUUAAUUCACUGGACUCUCCUAGACCUGUAUAUGAAGACGUAGUCCGGACCGUAAUGACCGCCCGCUUCCGGUUGCCUGCUGGCAGAAGUUACGAUGUGGGAGCGUUGGAGGAGGUCAGAGAAAGACAGCACACGCAGGUGGUGUGUAACGUUUUACUAUUGGACAACACAGUGCAGAGCUUCAGAGUCAAUAAGCAAGAUCAGGGGCGAGUCUUGUUGGACAUAGUGUAUAAACACUUGGAGCUAACCGAGCGAGACUACUUCAGCCUUCAACUAGCAGACGAUUCCUCUUACAGCCAGAGGUGGCUGGAUCCAAACAAACCUGUUAGAAAACAACUGAAAAAGCCAUCUCCACAUAAUUUGAGGUUCAGGGUGAAGUUUUUCGUGUGCGACCCCAGUAAACUACAAGAGGAGUACACAAGGUAUUUGUACUUUCUGCAGUUGAAACAGGAUAUUCUGACUGGAAGGCUUCCAUGCCCUCAGAAUACUGCAGUUCUUCUGGCUUCUUAUGCUGUUCAAGCUGAGUUGGGGGACUACAGUCACUCUGAACAUUUGCCCGGGUACCUCUCCGAGUACAGCUUCAUUCCCAACCCACCACAGGACUUUGAGAAAGAAGUCGCCAAACUUCAUCAAGAGCACAAUGGACUCACACCAGCUCAGUCAGAGUUUAACUACUUGAAUGCUGCACAGACGCUUGAGUUGUAUGGCGUGGAAUUGCACUAUGCUCGGGACCAUUGUAACACAGAGAUUUACAUUGGAGUUUUGUCUGCUGGCAUCUCCAUCUAUAAGGACAGGGUACGAAUCAGCCACUUUCCAUGGUUGAAAAUUGUAAAAAUAUAUUUUAAAUCAAAACAGUUUUUUAUCCAACUAAGGAAAGAAAUGAAUGAGAAUAGAGAGUCUUUACUGGGCUUCAACAUGAUGAACUACAGAGCUUGUAAGAACUUAUGGAAGGCCUGCGUGGAGCAUCACACGUUCUUCAGACUUGAGCGGCCCGUUCCUCCCGAGAGGAACCUCUUCCUGCAGUACUUCACCCUUGGAUCCAAGUUUCGUUAUUGUGGGAGGACAGAGGCACAGUCUGUACAGUACGGAAAGGAAAGAGGCAACAAGAAUAGAGUUUUUGCCAGGUCACCGAGUAAACCUCUAGUUAGGAGGCUCAUGAGCGGUUUGGACUGGGAGACCGUCAGCAGGAAUUCUCUCUCAGACGAUCGAUUGGAAACCCAGAGUCUGCCCAACCGUUCCCCACCAGACUCGCCUAAUCAUAACUCCGCAGAGGGUGCACGGGUCAGGCCGUCCUCCAUUGGUCACCUAGUUGACCAUGUGAUCGACGACUCGCCAUGCGAGACAUUCACCAAUCACAAGUCUGCAUCGUCCACGCAGGCCAACAGCAUCAGUCUGGACUCGACACCGUCUCCAGACGUAACGACUGAUGAACAGCCACCCGCACUGCCCCCAAAACAGUCUAGAAAAGACCGUCUCACCCACUAUGGCAGAUCACAGUCACAACACGAGCUGGACGACCACAUCAGCGAAUUGUACAACGUACCUGCGGCGUCAGGAAAAAGCAUGAAUGGAGCGGUACCUCAUGACAAUCUCGUUCUGAUUAAAAUGAGGCCUGAUGAAAACGGGCGAUUUGGAUUUAAUGUGAAGGGUGGCGCUGAUCAGAGAAUGCCCAUCAUAGUGUCCCGUGUGGCUCCAGGAACUCCGGCUGAUAUGUGUGUGCCUCGGCUGAACGAGGGCGACCAGGUCAUGCUGAUUAAUGGUCGUGAUAUCUCUGAGCACACUCAUGAUGACGUGGUUAUGCUAAUCAAAGCCAGCUGUGAGGACCAAUCAGGAGAGCUCAUUCUGCUCGUCAGACCCACUGCCAUCUAUGAUGUAGAUGAAGAGCAGGAGAAGUUGGAUCUGGAACCGGAUUUCCAGUACAUUCCUGAGACUUCAGGUCUCGACCAGACUCACUCAGAGGCCGACAGCCUGAAAUCCUCCAUACAGCUGCUGGAAGACGGUCUGUCCAGCGGUACAGUUCUUGCACAAUUCGAUCAACUAUACAGGAAACGGCCUGGGAUGUCCAUGUCAUGUGCUAGAUUACCGCAAAACAUCUCCAAAAAUCGUUAUCGGGACAUUUCUCCAUAUGAUGCCACUCGUGUUGUAUUGAAGGGGAUGGAUGAUUAUAUCAAUGCAAAUUAUAUAAACAUGGAGAUUCCUUGUAAAAGUGAGAUAAAGCGAUAUAUUGCUUGUCAAGGCCCUCUUCCUGGUACCUGCUCUGACUUCUGGGAGAUGGUGUGGGAACAGAGCGCCACCCUAGUGGUCAUGCUCACAACGCAAGUUGAACGCGGCAGGGUGAAAUGUCAUCAAUAUUGGCCAAGCUUUUCUGCAAGUGGCACUUAUGGGGGCUUCCAGGUGACAUGUGUAUCGGAGGAAGGGAAAUCCGCAUAUCUGCUCAGAGAUUUGAUCCUUACACACCUGGAGAGUAACGAAGAGAGACACAUUUGUCAGAUGCAGUACUUGGCGUGGCCGGAUCACGGCGUACCGGAUGAUUCAUCAGACUUCCUGAACUUUGUCAGUCACGUACGCAGCAAACGAACCGACACAGUUGAGCCGGUGGUGGUUCAUUGCAGUGCUGGGAUUGGUCGCACCGGCGUUCUUAUCACCAUGGAGACAGCGAUGUGUCUGAUAGAGAACGGGCAGUCAGUGUAUCCCUUGGACAUUGUAAGAACCAUGAGAGACCAGCGUGCUAUGAUGAUCCAGACUCCUAGCCAGUACCGUUUUGUCUGUGAAGCGAUUCUGAAAGUUUACAAGGAGGAGAUCGUAAAACCAUUUGAGACUGAAACUCCCAGUGAAAACGAAGAAUGAAUGGUGCCCUUCAGCAUAGCUGAGGUUCUUCUGUGAUUUACAACUACUGCCAGUGAGAACUGCGCUCGGCUCGCUAUCUCCCCCUGCUGGACGAGGCCGCCUGCAAGCUAGAAUCCAGUCGAAAAAGCACUAUUGCACUUUACAACGACAAAUAAUGACUUAAGGGGAUUUUUCAUUUUUUUAAAUGUUUCAGGUAACUGAUUAAUAGGUACUGUUAAUAAAAAGAAACUUGCUUUUGCUUUCGUGCCAAAAGCUGAAAUGAGCCACAGUCCGUGUCAGAAUGAACUUUCGCAACUAACGACAACUUUUUAAGUUUUCCUAGCUAUUUUUUAUUUUUUUUUAAACAGUAAACUUAAAAGCAACGGGUGCUUACCCCUUUCUCUUUCUUUUGUCCUGACUGUGUCUGUUAUCGUGUUAACUGUUACGUUUAAAAUUUGAAGUUGAAGUGUGUAACUUCUGCGCAACUAGUGGCACCAAACGGAAUUGCAGAAGUAAUGACAUUCUCAAACACUCCCAUUGGUCAAACAGAUAGUCUCGCCCCAAACUCACACUGUUGGUUGAGUCAACCAAUACUCAAACGAACAGAGGAAUGUUUUGAAAGCGCCACAGUGUUUAUUAGUUAAAAUCAACUACAAAUGGCUUAAUUGUUGUCUCUGCAUAUUAAGCUGGGGUAAGAGAAAGUAUUUUAACAUUACACACUUCAGCUUUAAGUUUGAAUUAACUUUUGUUUUCUCUGAGGUAUUUCAAUGAAAGCAGUCAGCCGCUGAAUGAACACUUCAGCUUUUACAAUAGUUUUAGCCCCUGCGCUUUGAAGAUAGUCUCAUCUUUCGUUACUUUAUACAUUUUCAAUGGGAAUAUUACAGUUCUCUCUAAAUUUACUGAAGUUAACAGGCACCAGCUUUGAGUCAGCUACGUCGAAAAUGAGUCAUGCUGACAAUGUUUCUCGCUGCCAAAUUUCACUGCUGUUUGCCUCAAACCGAUUGGUGGGCUGCUUUGACUAAUUGACUAUUUAUUGCGAGGGCAUGAGUAGUAUGCAAAAUAACUGUCGUCUUUAUCGUUAAAUAUGCCACAGGCAGCUGUUUAGCUCUAUGAUCCAUGUCUGCAGGGUCUUGGAAGAAGAUUUUUAUUUGAAAUUUAAAUCCGUGAAUUUCAUUUUUGCUUCAUUGACUGAGACUGGAAACGCUUUUAAUCGAGAGGUAUUUUGGACGUAAAGUAAGACGUAAACAUGUUUGAAAACUGCAACAAUCAUUUUUGCAAAUUAGCAUUUUUAUCUUGCUUUCCUAUUAAAAUAUCUAAACCACCUUAAAACAAUAGAAAUUAAUUUGAGGAUUAAAAUUGCAUAAGAUAAUAAGACUUGUUUUCCUAACCCAAUGGCAAAAUAGUUUUUUCUCGUUAACUUUUGUUGGAUUUAUGCUUAAAACAAGAAAAGAAAAAAAAAAAAAGCUAUUUGCCAGCAAUUCAACAUGUAUUCUCUGAAAACAAGUCUUUAAUAUUUUAUGUAAUUUUACUUCUAAAGUAAAUGUAUCAUGUUUAGAAGCUUGUUUGUUUUUACUGGAAAACGUGGAAAAUUCUGAUUUCAAAUUUUUAUUUUAUUUUAUUUUAUUUUUUUGCAGUGAAAAUCAUCAUACGGUCUCAGAUGUUCAUUUUCUCCAUGUUUGUGAUCAAAUUUUCCUGACUUUUAUUGCAAGCAAUGGAUUAUCUUAAGAUUGCAAUUGUAUGAUUAUCACACAAUACAAAUAUUUCAUGUUCUUCACCGAGUAGAAAUGUCUCCACUAUCCCUAAAGAGUACAAAUUGAAAUUCUGCUUAUCAUUGAUCAUGCAUAUCCUGGACUUUCUCUUACCUUACUGGUUACAUAUUAGCAACUGCCUGCAAAUAUACUCUAUCAUGUGUAAGUGAUGGCCUGGAACUCAAAGUUUUAUUCAAUGCAAGUGCAGGUGCAAUUUGCCAACUUUUUACUAACCCUUGUGGAUCUGCACUUUUAGCCAGUAACGAUCAAUGGGCCUUAUUCAUGAAAAGUGCAAAAAAAAUUUCAUUGUAAAUUGUUCGUAAAACGUUCUUAUGGAAUUUGUCAAUGCAGCAAUUUACGUAAGAACGGUUUUACGAACAAUUUGCACAAAUUUGUUCUUGUGUUUCAUGAAUGAGGCCUAAUUAAUUUCACUUUAAAAACAUUUUUUACGGUGCGUGAUCGUGAAACGUAACGUUAUAAUUGUCCACAUUUUUGAGGGAACAAAUGUUUUGGAAUUAUGGCACUGACAGAGCAUUUACCUUUUAAUCCGACGCUCUAGAUCAUCUCAAUUGUUUAUGAACAUUUUACGAACAUGACUUCUAUGGCACUUCUGGUCGUUAAAGAGCUAAAGUAUGUAGUACAAUGUUUCGCGGUGCCGUUGCGUAAACUAUUUGGCGUCAAGGACCAAUCCUGCCCACCGUUUUGAAUGUGAGCCAAUUUUGCUUCAGCGUACGUCGUUAUAGCGCAGCAGCUAGAUAUUUACUACCAAUGUCUCAUUGGAAGUGGUGGUAUUUUUGUAUUUAAAGAAAAAAUAAACGAAAAAAGGACAGCACUUUGCAACUGAAUGCGGUAAUCCGCUGUGCUACUGUAGAAUUUAUACUGUAAUAGUGAGAUUUAAUUAUAUUUAUGUUGAACAACAUUUUGUCGAAUACAGACACCUGUGGGGGGACUCUUAACUACAUAGUGUCAUAUGUGAAAUAUUUGUAAAUAUGAUGUUAUAUAUUAAAAGUGUUCUGAAAAGAUAA